AUGGGUAACUUUACUAUUGUGAACGGCCAGAUCUACACGCCUGGCCUGGCGAUUGUCGAUUCCCCACAGCCCUACACCCCCGAGGGUGGGCAAUACCUUCAAGUCGCAAUUGAUGUCUCCGGAGACGGACGGCUGCCAUGGCCACCCUCCACACAGUCCGCCAACUCCCCCACUCUCUUCCACAACAUCACGUUAUUCUUGACAUCCGAAUCGCUCUCGCACAAUUUCACCAUCUCCAAUGGCACAGUGCCAUCAGACAAUCUCCAAGGGUAUGUCGGCCCAGUACUAGAUCUUGAGCCCUCCUCCACCGUCAAGCAUGUGAACUGGGAGUGGCCCAAUUGCAUGGUCGGCAACGGCGGCAGCUCUUCUGAUCGGGGAGAAUAUAAUAUCUCCAUGCACCAGUCCUUUCGCUGGAACGGCACCGACUACUACACCGUGUUUGACCUUCCCAUCUCGGUCACCAACAGUAUUAGAGCGGAAUUGACAAGGGUGGAUUGUGCCUUGCUGGAGAACAAAGUGCUAAGUGUAGCAGAGGUGGAAAAGAGCUCUGACUCGCUCCCGGGCCAGCCAUGGGUACAAGGAGUUAGUACUCGCAUCACGAGUGGCACUCCGACUGGCUCUAUUGCAUCGGCGACUCAAACGGGCAUGGGAAGUCGUACUCGUUCAGGGGCAAAACUGAAGUUUGCAGUGGCAGUGACCGCGCUAGCCAUGUUUGGUCAUAUGCUGGGUUAG